AUGAGAGGAUAUAAGGACGUUGUUGAAACAUUGCUUUCAGCUGGAGCAGAGGUGAACUCAAAGGGCGGCUUUUUUGGAAGUGCCCUAGAGUCUGCCUGUGCAUACGGCAAUAUUGCAAUCGUGAAGAUGCUCCUCAACGCUGGUGCCGAUGUCAACGCCCAGAAUUUCCAAGGACGAACUGCCUUGCAUUUGGCCGUAAUUUCAUUUUCACAUGCACGGCGUCAUAUGAUUGUACGUAUUCUCAUCGAUGCGGGCGCCGACGUCAACGCUCACAGUGGUGAACAUGGCACUGUCGUCCAGGCUGCCGCGCUUGCAUCAGAGAUGUCGAGUAGUAGUUUACAGGUACUAAUUGAUGCUGGUGCCAAUGUCAACGCCCCGGGUGAUCGAUUUUGCAACGCCCUCCAGGCUGCUGCGUCUGGAUAUGGCGAUCGGAGUGAGCUCGUACAGCUCCUCCUCGACGCCGGCGCCAACGUCAAUGGCCAAGGUGGUGAACUUGGUAAUGCUCUACAGGCUGCAGCGCAUGGGUCAGCCAUUAAAGCUGCGAAAAUGCUCCUCGCCGCUGGGGCCAAUGUCAACGCCCAAGGAGGCUUAUAUGGCACUGCCCUUCAGGCUGCGGCAUACGAGGGAAGCAGUGAAAUUGUGCGCAUGCUUCUCAACGCUGGCGCUGAUGUGAAUGCCCAGUGUGGUAAAUUUGGCAAUGCCCUCCAUGCCGCGGCAUAUCAGGGAGGCAGCGAAGUGGUGCAAAUGCUCCUUCAAGCUGGGGCUGAUGUCAAUACACAGGGUGGUGAAUCCGGGAACGUUCUCCAGGCCGCGGCAUAUGGGGGAAGUAUUGAAGUUGUUCAAAUCCUCUUGGGCGCUAGAGCCAACAUCAAUGCCCAAGGAGGCCUACAUGGUAGUGCCCUCCAGGCUGCGGCAAGUGAAGAAGCUAGCGAAAUCGUGCAAAUACUUCUCAACGCUGGCGCCGAUGUUAAUGCUCUAGGCGGGAGACUUGGAAAUGCCCUCCAGGCUGCAGCACGUGGGGGAAGUGCUGAAGUCGUACAAAUACUUCUCAAUGCUAGCGCCGAUAUCAAUGCCCGAGGAGGCUUAUACGGCACUGCCCUCCAGGCCGCGGCAGGGGGUCUUAUGGGAAACGCUUUGCAAGCUGCAACAUCUGAGGGAAGUGGUGAAGUCGUACGGAUGCUUCUCAAUGCGGGUGCCGAUGUCAAUGCCCAGGGUGGUCGAUUUGGCAGUGCCCUUCAGGCUGCGAUCUACUCGAGAAGGAGCGACAUUGUUCAGAUGCUUUUAAGCGCAGGCGCCAGUACAUUUAAUCCAAGUGGUCAACAUAUAUCGCCUAUUUCUUUGGCAGUCAAGUUCGGCCGAAGUGAUCUUCUUCAGAUUCUGCUUGACGCUGGCGCGAAAAUGUCAUUUGCAGAUGAGCUUGGUCAAACACCUGUUCAUUAUGCGGCCUUAAAUGAUCGGCUUGCCCUGCUCAAUUGCUUUCCAGACCUCCUCUUGUCCAUGAAUGAGCGGAGUAAGUUGUUGCAGACUCCCCUUCAUCUGACUCUGCACCGAGGUCAUCUCGAUUUUGCGAGUAUCCUCCUCCAACACGGUGCUGAUCCAUCUCUUCGUGAUGGCUAUGGCAACAAUGCCCUAGAUUGGGUCGUUGGAAACGAAUCCUUGGUCCACCAAAUUCAGCAACACCACCCUUCAAUUAUCGCCACACCUGAACAUACUCGACAGGCCGCUGUUCGUCAAUCCAUCGUUCAACUAUCAAAGACUCUAACCCAAUCACGCCUCCACCUUUCAUGGCUACUUUUACAGCAAUUAGGCCGCUAUCUAUCAUUUAUUGGCGACCUAGAAAACGCCCGAUUUCUAUUCCAAUUGGACUUGCCCAAAGAUAUCUUCAUCGCAACCCCUAUGUCUUUACAUCGCUGUCAAUAG